AUUCUUUUGUACAUAGGGUUGCUAUGAGUUAGAAUUGACUAGACGGCACCUAACUACAACAGCAGCCUCCUGACUGUGUCAUUCAGUACAUUUUUGUUCAUUCUUGGGUUCAUUUCUGUAUUUGGAACCGUGGUGCUAACAAUAUUUCAGUGGUGCUGGUGUCCUACAGUGCAGUAGCACGAGUUUCACGUUAACUUUUAAUGUAGCUUUUCUACGUGCAGUGUAUUAACGUACUUGGAUAUCAACCUGUUAGGUGCGUAUUUCUUGCAGUUUUUAAUUUGGCUUACAUCAUUUUUUUUUUUUCUAUAAUGUAAACUGCUAAACUUAUUUUUAAAGCAAUCAAGAGCCUUAAUUUGAUGCUCUUUUCCACCUGAAAUUAAUAUAAUUUGGCCAGAGCCCAUGAAUCUUUGCAUAUUUCUCUUAAAUGAAACUUGGUACAUUUUUAUUGCCUUAAAGGUUAAACCCCAUGACAUGUAACCCUCACGUUGUUUUCAAGUGGCUUUAUAUGUGAAUUGACACACAUCUGCUUUCAACCAUGUAGUGUUUUCAUUAUGGUUGACACUAGCUGAAGAGUGAGUUGGUGUUGAUAUGCAUCUGUACUCGAUAGUUUUCAUCACAGCCAUCUUUUUUUUUAAUUUCCUGUUUUUAAUUAGCAGUCCAUUUCUGGACUGAAGGAUAGUUAUUUGCCUACUCUGAUGAAAUGUAGAAUUUCUAAAAACCUCAAGCAAGAAGUAAAUUUAAUUAACUUAAUUAGCAAAUUAAUUUAAAAGUCAGGAAGCACCAAAAUGUACAAAAUGAUGUACGUAGAAGUAUCCAGGUGUCAUGGCAUGCAGUGUAUUCGGAGUUUGCUUGUUGUUGCCCCCACCCUGGCUGUGUGAUGAGACUAGACAUGCUUGUUUACUUGUGGGAUUUUUGGUGAGGAUGUACGCACAAGCCAGCAUUCAAAACUAGCGCCAAGCUACGGUUUCCUAAUCAGCAGUGCAUUUUCCAAAGUUCAGUAUUUGCCAAAGGGAUGAGGGAGAAAUGUUACUCUUUAAUGUGUUAAAAUUUGGCACAUUUGUCGGUUUUUUGUUGGGGGAAUGUGCUGUGGAAAGCUUGGUAAAAGUAUAUUGUGUUCUGCAUAAAAGUGUAUUGACUAUUCAAGUUCAAUCACCACAUUAUACUCUUAGAGUAGCGUUUCUUUUUUUAAUUUAGGAAUUUUUAUUUAUUAAUUCCCUUUAAAACAAUAAUAAACCAGUUUUUUGUUUUAUCAUAUCUUAAAUCCUUGAUAACAUAAACAUUUUUAGUGAAAAAUAACUAUUUCCAAAACAAAUAAUAUUUAGUAAGAAGAGUGACAUUGUUUGCAUUUUUUGCAGUUUUUUUUAAUGAAUGGCCUAUUAGACAAUUGCCUUUUCAUAUAUGCUUCUGCAAUCAAUAAGUUACAGUGUUAUUUGGUAGAAAUACACGAAGAAAAUGCACCCUCACACUAAUACAUAGUUGGGAAAGAAAGGAGUGUUUUAUUAGCCUUUGCAGUUGGUUGUGGAUGUUCUUUGAUACUACACUAAAACUUAACAAGUGAUAUUUUCUUAAAGGUUAGUUACAGUGUAGAAUCUCCAACUAUAUCAGUAAACUUUUUGUACUUUGUGAGAGUAAAAUCUGUUGCUGUGUCUUGCAUUUUGAAUGGAUCUUUUUCCCCAUACACAAUUUCAUGACAUCAUGCAUUGGUCAUUGGUUUACUGAAUUAUGCAGAACUUCAACUUGUGACAUUUCAUUAUGCAGUAUUAAAAAAAAAAAAUCACAUCUUUAAUAUGACCAUUGUGCUGUGAAGGUUAGCUCCAGCAAGCUUGGAAUUAGCCUGAGCUCUUUUGCUGUAUGGUAAGAUUCUUGUGUGACUUUCAAGGGCUUCAUGACAAAUUUUGUGUGUGCUUUUACUAGAAAGAGGAUCUAUAGCUUUCUAAGAUUCUCAGAGGAUUCUAGGACCCUCUCCCCCAAACAGUUAAGGACUGUUAAGAAGAUUAUUAGCCCUUACAUAACUGAUCCGAACUGUUGCGCUUUUAUAGUUUUCACUUAUUUUUUUAUGAACAGUUGCUCUUACACAUAGUAAGAUUGUGCUCAGUAAAGUUACUGCAGAAUGAAGGUUAUUUUCUCCUUCCAGACUGUCUAUUAGCUCUUCCUUCUCCUAGCUUUGAGUGUGCCUUUCUCUAGAGCUAUCCUCUCUUUCCUCUUCACUGCUGCUACAGAUGGAUCAUUAAGGUAAAUCACAUACACUCCGUCAGACUUACAUUAAGGAAGAAACAAAGUUCUGAAUGAGAAUCCUUCGUAGAAUCUGAAGAUCGUAACUAUAAAUGUUGUAUAUUUACACUUUGAUUUAGGUGUUGCUAUUACUGCAGAAAAUUAUUUUUAUUUGAAUAAGUAGUUUGAGUUCAGGUUUUCCUUCCUGUGAAAAACUGUUUUGGAAAAUUAAAAACCACUUUGCAAGUACUGUGUCUUCAGGGGAGCUCAGCUCGGUUUUUGUUAUUACCCCUUUAGGAUACAGAUGAAUUUAUUUUGCCAACUGGAGCUAAUAAAACCCGGGGCAGAUUUGAACUGGCCUUCUUUACCAUAGGAGGAUGUUGCAUGACAGGGGCUGCAUUUGGGGCUAUGAAUGGUCUACGGCUAGGAUUGAAGGAAACCCAAAACAUGGCCUGGUCUAAACCAAGAAACGUACAGGUUUUGAAUAUGGUGACCAGACAAGGGGCACUUUGGGCUAAUACUCUAGGUUCUCUGGCUUUGCUCUAUAGUGCAUUUGGUGUCAUCAUCGAGAAGACACGAGGUGCAGAAGAUGACCUCAACACGAUAGCAGCGGGAACUAUGACUGGCAUGUUGUAUAAAUGUACAGGUGGUCUUCGGGGGAUAGCACGAGGUGGUCUCACAGGACUCACACUCACCAGUCUCUAUGCACUAUAUAAUAACUGGGAGCACAUGAAAGGCUCCUUGAUCCAGCAGUCACUCUGAGGAUUUUGCCAGCUUGUGAACGGAGGACACUUCAGUAGUCAUCCACACCAGUUUAUAAGUCAGUCUGGAGUUAUUCUCUACCUACAGUUAGUUUAAAAAGUGGGAGAUUGUUUUGCCAUGAUGAAGAUCAUUGAUGGUUACCAGGACUGGCAUGUCUAGCCAUUUGCGUUGCAGCCAAACUCUUUGGAAGGCUCACUGAGUACAUGGUUCUCUUCUCCUUUGGAGACCUUGCACAUAUUACCCCUUGAACUGGAAAACCACUUACUCCCAAAAUCACCAAGUUUGUUGACUUAAUGUUCCCCUGUAUUCCCAAUAAAGGGUGAAAACAGAACCAGAGGAGUCAUAACGCCAACAUAAACAUAGUGGGUGUCUCCAUUUAGAAGCAUUACCUAGAUAUAAAGUGAAUGUUACUCUUGGCAUUUUUUUCUGUCCCAGCUAGUCUAAAACAUAUUUUCUUGUCUGUGUUGAAAUGAAGGACUGCUUGGUGGCAUUAAAAGGCAGGAUAAGACUCUCCUCCAAGAGUAGAUAUGAAAACUCAGGAUUAUUUCAGGUUGAUCAUUCUGCAAUUAGUGGGUUAAGAUACUCUGUCCAACAGUCAUGUUUAGUUCUGUGUGCAUUAACUCAUCUCCUUACUGGGGGUAAUUAGAAAAAGAAGAUGAACUAGGUAAGAGCUACAAGUUUCUGAAGGAAGCCUUUGGGAAAGCUAAACAGAUGAUAAAGGACAAAUUGAGUUUUCUCAUCUAGAAUAUGGAUUUAAUCAACAGGUAACUGCACUGCAGGUUACACGUAUGCAUAACAAAAAUACUAAACUGGUGGCUGUUAUGACUGGGAAAAGUAAACCAGGGCCUUUUGGAUGUAUCAUCUGGGAGGAGGGAAUUAGGUAGAAAGGCACUGACCAUCAGCUGAAAUCUCCUGUUGAUAUAUAUAUAUACACACACACACAGUUUUAACAUUUUAUCUGCAACAGAACAGAUUCAAAAUUAAAA